AAUUUUUUCAGAUGGAGUUGUGAGCGACAGUUAGUAAGCUAUAAUAUAUUUAAAAAACGUCAAUUCUUCACGCGCUUAGUAUUAAAACAAGAUACUCCGGCCGUGAUUGAUUAUCUGGGCAUUAUUUUUGGAGUUUUAGAAAACGCAUUGCGGCGUUGUGUAAUGUGUCAACGUUGGCUGUUGGCAAUCGAAGAGUUUAAAGCUCAUUCAUUGUCACAAGAUGCAGAUGGAACCGCGUAAAUGUUAAAACCCGCAUAAGUUAUUAACCAAUUAUUAAUUUAUUGCAAUUAAGGCGAUAUUGCGACGCCAUCAUCGCGCCCUUGUGUAGUCUCCUUGCGCACGGCUAUAACAGGGCGCGCGGCCUUUGCUCGGCAUUCAUCGCCGAUAUGUGGCCGCUGUUGGCCGUGUUCGCCGCGGUGCUCGCGCUCGCCUUCACCGUCGGCUUCUACCAGAAGAAGACGAAUGCUGUGUGCAGCUCGCGACGCCGGCUGGACGGUCGCACGGCGCUCGUGACGGGGGGCACGGCCGGCAUGGGGUUGCGCAUAGCGCGAGACCUGGCGAAUCGAGGCGCGCGCGUCAUCGUGGCGUGCCCGUACCCGGGCGAGGGCGCCGCUGCGGAGCGCCUGUUGCGCGAACGCUCCGGCAGCGAGGCUGUCGUCUUCAAGCACCUUGACCUCGGCUCGCUGCAAUCCGUGCGAAAGUUUGCCGCCGACUUGUUGGACUCCGAGGAGAGGCUCGACCUUUUAAUAAACAACGCCGGCGUCGGUAUCGUCGGCGACUUUGUGACAAAAGACGGCCUGAACUUCAUCAUGGCGGUGAAUUACUUCGGUCAUUUUCUGCUAACGCUACUCCUGAUGCCGCUCUUGCGGCGCAGCGGGUGCGCCGAGGAGCCAAGCCGCAUCGUCAACACUACCUCCGUGCUGCGGCACAUCGGACGCAUCGAUCUGGACAAAUUAAACGCGACCGACUACUGGUUUAAAGUCCAGAUCUACGGUAACAGCAAGCUGGCGUUGGUAGUGUGGGCACGGGAGCUUACCGCGCGGUUGCGCAGCACUGGCGCGCCUGUCGUCGUCAACUCGGUGGACCCUGGCGCAGUAGGCACCGCUAUCUUCGACUGCAUCGGAUCGCUAAAGGGCAUGGUUUUGACCCUCCUGUUCCGGAGCCUGUUUAAAACGCCCUGGCAGGGCGCGCAAACUGCGUUGCACGUGGCACUGGACGACCGCGCGGGAGAGGUAAGCGGAGAGGUGUUCAAGAACUGCCGAGCAGUGGGAGGCGGUGGGGUGUGCGGGCCCGAGCUGGCGCGCCGGUUGUGGCAGCGCUCGGCGCAGCUCGUGCGGCUGGAUGAGGACGAGCUGGCCCGCUGUCUCGCGGACACGUGACGUUGCCGCGACGCCCGCGCCCUUGAGCACACCCUCCAGAGAGCUCCAUUGUAGCGUUUUUAUAUUCGAAUAUAUUUGUUCUAAAUCGCAACAAAUACGAGGUCUAAGGUUAAUAUUACAAUUAUUAAAAAUGUUUUAAUAAAAAAAAAACAAUAUACUUGGAAUGUCGAAUACGAUUCUACUCAGGUUGAUUUAGACAUUCCAUGGUACAUUCGUUCGCAAACAAUUAAAUUUAUUAUAAUACAUAGAAUUACAUUUUUAUAUUAUAGAAAGUAUUCAGAAAAUCUCCAACGAUCGUUGGAAAACUUCAGCAUUGAUGUAAGUCGUCUAAUUAACUACGAGUAUACAAAACUAUAUUUAAAUGAUCUGCUGAAAUGCAUUCAUGGCAAAUAAGAAACGAAGUAUUUAUAACAAAGUUGUGACGUACAUAAUAUACACGACAAGCGGUCAAAGGGUUAAACAAGUGUUUAACUAAAUAUAAUCUGAUUUUAUUGAAAUAAUACAGUUAAUAAUUAUUUUAUAGUAAUGUUCAUUUGAGUUUGUUGUUAUUCAGUGAGUACAGUGAUUACUGAAUAUUUAAUUUUAUGUAUUUCUAAUGAAUUAUAAUUAAAAAGCUAUACAUAA